UUUACCCGAUGCUAUUUAAGUCUGCGUUUUCAGGUUUUCAGUAAUUUGUGGUGUGCGAUUUUCAUGGUCUUUUGAACUUUUGGUGACAAGAAAUAUUUUUCACAUCUGUGUAUUAUUCAGAUUGCCCACGAUAUAAUUCAUUAUUUAUACCCCCAAAUUUUUGUCACCAUGUCUAGCAACCGUAAUAAAUAUGAGAAAGCGCGCAGAAGAUUAGCCGCUGUUACAUUUUUAUCUAACAUUUCUCUCGAUGGCACCUUUAAAGACACAGAAUUAGUGAAGAUCGCUGAUAAAACAGCUAAACUUGAUAAGUCUGAACUACCGAUUAAAUCUGAUCCAGAUAAGGAUAUUGCUUUGCGUAAUAGCAUUCAUAACAAAAACAAAGUCCCACAGUCAAGUCCAGUCCAUCGUUUGGGAGCAGAUAAUCAUUCCCUUAGUUCCGACUCUGAACAUACUAAUAUAACCCCAGUUAAAGGACAAGUUUUCAGAGACAGAUGCUCAUCUGGUAAUACAGAGUCUUUUAAGGAGAAACAUUCAACUCGAAUCAAAAAGAAUUAUGUGAGUGUAGAUGACAAAAGCAGUUCAGAAAGUUUGAACUUUGGCCGCUUCCGCACAAGUACCACUUGUAUUCCUGAAAAUCCAUUGACCAAUGAAGUUCGGUUAGUUCGUGCAACAAAAGGAGUUUCAUUUAAAGAUGAAAGACUUGCAUUUGCACCACCACAGGGAGUACCCUGUGUAGUAUUUAGUACAAUACCAUACUCAAAAACUAUUCGCAGUGCACGGUCUGAUCAUCGAAAAGAUGGUGUUAGGAGACGCAACACCUCAGGACCACGGCCACUUUCUGCUAUCACAGAUAAUGGUGUGGACCCCUUUGAUUUGCUUGGAUUAGAAAGAGAGGAGACUGGUCAAGAUAUAUCAUACUCAAAGUUGUUGGCCCCUUCUCGAGUCUGCACCAGAGAACAAUAUAGAAAAAUGUAUGAAGGAGAUUUCAGUGACAAGUCUAGUUGGAAAUUAUCGAAUCGUCAUCCACAUGUUAUUGCCAGGACUAAAUUAUUGACGAGACACAAGGAUAAGAAAUGGUGUUUCUCGUACGAGUCCUCUCAGAGAACAAACCCAGCGUCUUCUCCGCCACAUUCGUCUGUAGAAAUCAAGUCGUUCGAUUGGGACGAGGGAUCAAUAAUGGCGCAGAAAUAUGUACAUUACUGCCCCAACGUCCUAGAUGACCCAGAACUGAUUGCCGGAAAGCACAGGACUUUGUUAACGUUCACAUCUUACAUGACCUCUAUAAUUGACUACGUGCGCCCUCAAGAUCUCAAAAAGGAAUUAAAUGAUAAAUUCCGAGAGAAGUUUCCACACAUCAAACUUACACUAAGCAAACUGCGAAGUAUCAAAAAGGAAAUGAGGAAGAUAGCUAAACAUGAUAGUGGAGGCAUUGACCUACUGUCCGUUGCCCAGGCAUAUGUUUAUUUCGAGAAGCUAAUCUUGGCUAAUUUGAUAAAUAAAGAUAACAGGAAGCUCUGCGCAGGGGCAUGUUUAUUAUUAUCAGCCAAACUGAACGACGUCAAGGGAGAAAUGUUAAAAUCGCUGAUAGAGCGUAUCGAAACAACAUUCAGGGUGAACAGGAAAGAUUUGAUGAAGUGCGAGUUCGCCGUGCUAGUGGCCCUGGAGUUCGGUCUUCACGUGCCGCCGUACGAGGUGUUCCCGCACUACCAGCGGCUGCUGCACGACUCGUGACCCUGGCGAAGGCUGGCCCUCGAGCCAUGUAUACGCGUGUGCCACCGGCGUCGUGCUAGCAUCGUUGAUAAUUUCAGAGCUAGUGCUUGGAUCUAAAGUUACUCAAUCUAGAGCACACUGCGUAUUUUCAACACGCCGAUGAUGCGCAGAUAGUACUAAUUAAAGCUCUUCAAUUUAAAACGGAGGGUAAGCGUUUGAAUAUAUUCGCAUACUUACAGCGCCGUAAACGUGCAAACACAAUAGUGCAAAGGCGCACCGACACCAACUAUAGAUAAGCAUGAUACGCACGAUACUACCGCUUUGAACGUUUCGUGUUUGUAAUUUCGUGGCUUUAAUUCGAUACAAAAAAUUACCACUAAACUACUAUCUGCAUUUUGAUCACCAUAAGCACGUAGACUUGUGUCGUCGGCGGGAUAAAUAUACGCCUCUGAAAAUAUACUCAUUCGUAGUAAACAUUUAGGCAAAAGUCAAUUUUAAUUCUAAUUAAAUAAAAAAAAUUGAUUGUACAAAAAUCAGUGUAGUCGUUUUUAUGAAGAUGAAGCAUAUAAUAUGAUUACAUGUUUCGUCGUUAUAAAUAGCCUUUAGUUUAGCUUUUUUUAAAAUUUGCCGUCUUCUUGCCUCGGAUAAUAUUCCUUCUUAGACGAUACCUUUUUCGCCCCUCGUAAAACAUACCACCGUUAUUAUAAUAAAAAUAAAACGAUUACUUACACUUAUUGUCAAUAUUUGAUCAAAUUAAGGACGUCCUUGCAUGAAGAGAGUUAUGAUGAGUUACGAUCUCUGCAUAUUUUUUUUUUGCUUCAUCCACAAUGAAGCAAACGAAGUAUGCAGAGAUCGUCGCAAGUGGAAAGAUGCCUCUGCCUACUUCUCCGGGAAAAAGGUGUGAUUUCAUGUAUGUAUGUAUUGUCAAUAUAGUUAACCCGCACUGACUUUAUAAAUUAUGUAUUUUGAAAUUAAAUAAGUAUCUUUAUUUAAUGAUUAGAUUGUUAUGAAGACAGUGUAGUCUUAAGUAUUUAGUCUUCCUACGUAUAAAAUUUAACAGGUUUGUUUAACGUUAUUAUUAACAGUAGAUCGUUACAAAUUUCAGGCUGGUUGUCUAUCUUAGGUUUCCUCGUUUACAAGAGACUGUAAGUCUUGUCUCAUGUCUCUUCAGAUCCCUAUUAAACAAUAGUACUUACACCCAGCCCCAGCCUAUUUCGGCACAUGGCAAUAUUUACAAUUUACCUGUUAUGUUAUUGUUAAAUGUUAUUAAAUAUUUAGGUACAAUUACUGUGAUAUAAAAUGAAGUCCGAAUGCAAUGCAAUAUAUUUCUUUUAUGUCUAGUCUGAGAUAAAGAAAUGCUGCCAGGAGGUGAGAUAUUCUAUAUAAUUGAUAUGUUGUAAAUAUAUCACAUAGUCUUAUGUAUGAUUAUUGGUUGUAGAGAGUUUAUUAAAUGUUCAUGUAUAAAAAAAUUGUUGGUUGUUGUUUCAGUAAAAUUUCUAUAGCGAUUCAGAUGAAUAGUCUUUCGUGUUAUUACAUUAAUUUAGCUGCCUAUUUUUAUAUUAACGGCCUCUACUGCUGCCUGCGCCAAGGUAGUGUGCUUGUCUGUGAAACUGAAGGUCCAGGGUUCAAACUCCUUCCAGGGCUUGACGAAAAAAGAACGAUUCCUGAGAGAUUCCAAGAUCGAGUCUUGGAUGUUCAUUGUUUAUCUAUGUUUAUUAAAAUAAAAUAAAGUAUCGUUGAGUUGGUAUCCUAUAACGCAAGUCAAACUCGAACUUACUAAGGGACAAGCCUGAAGGACUAGCUAACUCAAUCAAAUCUCAAUCUGUGUAAUUUGACCCAUAUUAGUAGAUAUAUUUAUAAUUUUUUUCUAAAUUGACGUGUGCAGUAUUGUUCAAAAAAUCAUGUAUUAGCUUGUAGUCAGUAUCAUAUAAAAACCAAAAACUACAUCUUUGUGCUUUAAUCAUUUAAAUAAAUAUUUUUAAAUAAUAGAUUUGUUUUAAUAGAGCCUAAAAUGUAGUAUUUUUAAAAUCAUUUUGAAUUAAGUAAAGGUAUGAAUGCAAAAAAAAAACUGCUUCGAAUAUUUGGUACCGAUAUUUUUUAAACUUGCCUGUAGAUUAAAAAAAAAACAUAACAGUAAACAACGCAUAGGUAUGUUAAAUACCUUCAUUAUGUAGGUAACGUAAAUAAACGUUAGAUCGUAAAAA